CAGCCCUGUCAAGGUGGUAUAGUGGUAUAGGAGAGGAUUUACUCUGAGAACUCUUAAUGACACAGAGGAGAGAAGAGAGAGAGAAAGAAAGACAGAGAGUGUGUGUGAGAGAGAGAAGGAGAGAGAGAGGAGCUGCAAAACAUGGUAAUCACCAGCAGCACCAACCUCACCAUCACCAUCACCAUCACCUCCAGCUCCUCUCCUCCUCCUCCUCCUCCUCCUCCUCCUCUGCACCUCCAGGGCUUGCGUUUCAUGCCCAAAGCCCUGCUGCUGCUCUGCGCUCCAGAAAUAACCCUCAGCAGCCAGCCAGCAUGCCGAAGGAAGCAGCAAAACAAGAAGAGCGAAGGUAUUUUUAGUGGUCAUUAAUUUCGAACCACGUGGCCCCGAAAGGUAAACCCGGAUGGCCGUUGCGCAAAGGCUCCUCGUCAGUAUGUCCUGCGAGGCCGGCACGCCGCACUGGACGCUGAGUCAGGCGGUGCUUCUCCUGCUGGGCUUUCUGCUGGGCAUCGUGUCGGCGUACCCGUUACCGAGCUCCGGCAGCAGCAGCAGGACGAACGCAACUUUACUGCUGGAGAAACGAUGGGAGACCCUGUUCUCCCGCUCUGUGCUGGGGAUCUCCGGGGAGAAACCGGAGCUGAACUGGGAGAGUGACUAUCUGCUGGGCAUCAAGAGAGUGCGGAGGCUCUACUGCAACGUGGGCAUCGGGUUUCACCUUCAGGUCCUCCCAGACGGAAGGAUAAACGGUGCACAUAAUGAGAACCAGUACAGUCUAAUAGAGAUCUCCACGGUGGACAGAGGAGUGGUGAGCCUGUAUGGGGUGAGGAGUGAGCUGUUUGUCGCAAUGAACAGCCGUGGGAGGUUAUACGGAACGACAGUCUUCCAUGACGAGUGCAAGUUCAAGGAGAGCUUGCUCGCAAACAACUACAACGCCUACGAGUCUCUGGUUUACAGAGGCUCCUACAUAGCACUCAGCAAGCAUGGCCGCGUGAAGAGGGGCAACAAGGCCACCACUGCCAUGACUGUGACGCACUUCCUACCCCGAAUAUGAUGAGCAAAAACUGGCAAUAACAAACUUAUUUGCACAUGUGGAUUAUUUCCCAGUAACAUAAAUACCGUAUACGUACGUACAAACACAAAAGACAACAUGGACUGUAAAAGAAAGAAAUACCACUAUAUCUGAUAGUAUUUAUUCAAACUUUAUAUGUAUAUUUGGGUAGCUUCCUUUGUAUUAGAAAUUACGGAAAUGCCAUUCUUUGCUGCUUUUAUGAUUUUCAUCAUUUUUGUGAUAUGACGGGGAUGGAGAGGCGUCAUUUAUCCCCUCAGUUUAUAUGGGUGCUUGCCGGAAUUGGUUGAGUCCUCGCCCUGUCAGUGGAUGACAGCUCAUCCUUUUGGAAAUUAAAUGGAUACGUUAUUACCUCAAAGCACCAUAUUCUGAGAAGAAGAGGAAGAAGAAGAAGAAGAAGAAGAAGAGAAAUGUGUGCAUGAAAUUUCUACACAGAAGAAUGCCUGUCUACUGGAAAUGUUUUUCGUUGUCAUCCGUCAAGGACUUGAGCACUUCCCGUCUAUGUUCGAUCGUCUCCGUCACUGUCAGGGCAACUAGGGCACUUGCAAAUAUGGCGGUGGUGGUUUUUUCUCGCUUCGUCAUGAGGUGGCGGUGCCUUGAAUUCCUACGUGCGGCCCCCUUAACUCUUGCAUGCAAGAAACAUGGUGCUCAAGUCAGAAAUAGGA